AUGAGCCACCCUAAUUGUUACCUAUCUUCGAGGUCUCAGAUCUCAUCAGCCACUCCUUCCGGGCAUCAAUCUUACUAUGCAAGUGAAGAUCUCAACGAGUCAGACAACCUAUAUUCCACAGAUAAAGUUCAAGACAACAAUUAUAUAUUCCGCAACUUUACUCCCCGCACUAAACAGACAGCGAGGAAGACCACGGGAGGAAGAGCGCCUAAGAGACAGCCUCAGUCAUCCUCAAACAGAAGUCUACCGCCACUCUCAGAAAUGUCCUCACCCUCGCUUGAGGCUCUUGAGCCCUUCCGAAAUCAACCGCUCUCGAGCGGUGGCGAGGAUCAGACUCCGUCGACUUCCAAGCCUAGAGACAAUCAAACAGCGCGUAAAUCCACAGGGAGCAGGCCACCUCGGCCCAAGCCUGCAGUCACACACACCGCUUCUGCCCCACCUCCGAACGUCUCAACUCCAUCUUCCUGGAAUGCAGAGCCGCCUUCCAACCAGCCCAAAAGGCCUCGUCUGACGCAAACCGCACGCAAGAGUACAGGAGGAGCCCCACCACGGCGCAAGACAAGUCAUGGUUAG